AUGCAGCAAAUCACACUCUCUAUACGAGGAGGACCUGCGCCUCCAACAGUGGGCAGCGCCACCACGGAGCCAGCCAAUCAGUCCCAACUCUCCCAGAGCACCUUCUGGCUGAUGGGCAUCCCAGGCCUGGAGCGCUUCCAUGUCUGGAUUGGGAUUCCCUUCUGCUCCAUGUACCUGGUGGCAGUGAUGGGAAACGUGACUAUCCUGGCUGUGGUAAGAGCAGAGCGCAGCCUCCACGAGCCCAUGUUCCUCUUCCUGUGCAUGCUGUCAGUCACUGACCUGGUCCUCUCCACGUCUACACUGCCACGCAUGCUCUGUCUCUUCUGGAUGGGAGCCCAUGACAUCGCCUUCGAUGCAUGCCUUGCCCAAAUGUUCUUCAUCCACAGCUUCACUGCCAUGGAAUCUGGCUUCUUCUUGGCCAUGGCCAUUGACCGCUAUGUGGCCAUCUGUGACCCGCUGCGCCACGCCACAAUUCUCACCCACAGCCGCAUCGCCAAAAUGGGAGCAGCUGUGGUGCUACGUGGGGUGGGCUUCUUCUCCCCACACCCCGUCCUGCUCAAGAAGCUGCCCUACUGCAGAACUCGAACCACUGCACACACCUACUGUGAGUUCAUGGCUCUGGUGAAGCUGGCGUGUGUGGACACAGGAGCUACCAAGCGUUUCAGCCUUGUCAUUGGCUCCUGUGAUGGCUUCUUCAUUGCCAUCGCCUAUGUUCUGAUCCUCCGUGCUGUCUUCCGACUUCCAUCUCGAGAAGCAAGUCUCAAAGCCUUAGGCACCUGUGGCUCCCACGUCUGUGUAAUCCUUGUUUUCUACUCUACAGCUGUCUUCACAUUGCUGACCCACCGUUUUGGCCACAAUGUGGCUCCCAAAAUCCAUAUCCUCAUAGCCAACAUGUACCUUCUGGUACCACCUUUUCUUAACCCCAUUGUUUAUGGCAUUAGGACAAAGAAAAUUGGGGAAUAUGUUCUUAGUUUUCUUAGACUAAAAGUUUCUUGA